GCUCCCCUGUCCAGUCCAGCAGUGCGCAGGCGCGGAGGGCUCCCUUGUCAGUCGGCGCCGCGUGCGGGUGGCUUGCUCUGUGGCGGCGGCGGCUGGUCUUCGGCAUCAUGAGCGGCUUCAGCAGCGAGGAGCGCGCCGCGCCCUUCUCCCUCGAGUACCGAGUCUUCUUCAGUGAAAAAAUAGGGAAGUUUUUAAGUUACUUUUUGGAUAUGGUAAUUUUUGUUUCAAAAGAUGUGUUCAACAUGGUAGUUGAAGUACCACGCUGGUCUAAUGCAAAAAUGGAGAUUGCUACAAAGGACCCUUUAAACCCAAUUAAACAAGAUGUGAAAAAAGGGAAACUCCGUUAUGUUGCAAAUGUGUUCCCUUAUAAAGGAUAUAUCUGGAACUAUGGUGCCAUCCCUCAGACUUGGGAAGACCCUGGACACAAUGACAAACACACUGGUUGUUGUGGCGACAAUGACCCAAUUGAUGUCUGUGAAAUUGGAAGCAAGGUCUGUGCAAGAGGUGAAAUAAUCCGGGUGAAAGUUCUGGGCAUAUUGGCUAUGAUUGACGAAGGGGAAACUGACUGGAAAGUGAUUGCCAUCAAUGCAGAUGAUCCUGAUGCAGCCAAUUAUAAUGAUAUUAAUGAUGUCAAGCGGCUGAAACCUGGCUACCUGGAAGCUACUGUGGACUGGUUCAGAAGGUACAAGGUUCCUGAUGGAAAACCAGAGAACCAGUUUUCUUUCAAUGCGGAAUUUAAAGAUAAGGAUUUUGCAACUGCCAUUAUUAAAAGCACUCAUGACUAUUGGAGAGCAUUAGUGACAAAGAAAACUGAUGGAAAAGGAAUCAGUUGCAUGAAUACCACAGUGUCUGAGAGCCCCUUCAAGUGUGAUCCCGAUGCUGCCAAAGCCAUUGUGGAUGCUUUACCACCACCAUGUGAAUCUGCCUGCACAAUACCUGCAGAUGUGGAUAAAUGGUUCCAUCACCAGAAAAACUAAGGAAAUUUCUCUGGAAUACAAGCUGAUAUUACUGCAUCAUACUCAUCUGGAAGUAUUAGAUGCAAAAGUAGUGGCUUUUCUAAGCUUUAAAUUUAUAGAACUAAUCUAACUAACAAAGGAAAUUCUGCUGUGACCAAUCCAAUAUAUUUAGUGUGUUAUCCAUAUGAAAGCAUUUUUCAUCUCAGCUAAGAUAACUUUUAGCACAUGCUUAAAUAUCAAAGCAGUUAUUGGAAUUUGGAAGUCAUUUGUGAAUAAAUGUGCGAGAUAUUGGAUGUAUAUGUUUACUAUGUGUUAGAAAAUAAAAUUAUUUUGCUGAAA